CAAGGUGACAUAUAUUAUAUAUUGACUAGCAGAGUAUAAUCUUCUGUCAGACAUACCAACAUAGCUGAGGAGUGUAAUAGCAUGAUGAGUUUGGUUUAUAUUUGCAAAUAUCCGCAUCUUCGUAUUUACUGCGUGCAACUAAGAAUUGUUAACCUAAUAUAUUCUUUGGAAGGAUGUAGAUGCAGCAAUCCAAUUCUUCUGAUAUGUUUGGAAAAAUGUGAAAUUCAAUUAACUUGCCGAGAGAAAGUAGGAAAUCGUUAUGCAUUGCUAAAUGGUAAAAGUGGAAGUCAUAUUUUGUUCAAUGAAUGGGUACCAAAUUCGUCUAUAAAGUCCGAACAAAAUUGCAAGGAUAUAUCAAGUCGUAGAAAACUCGUUGUUUUAAAAAGUUUUUGUUGUUCAAAUUGGAUGCAUACUAUUAUUCCCUGUAUCAAAGGAGUGCAAAUAAUUGGAGGUCACACGACUGAUAUUAUUCUGAAAGCGAAAAGGAGCAGUGCAGUUCCGUUUUUAAGUGCUUUUUUGUUUGAUUAUAUGCGGUGCAGUGACACAGCUUCAGUGAGUCUACUCUCGGUACUGCUAUGCAUUGUCAAAAUAUUUCAUUUACAUAGUUUCAUAUUCCACCUAUCUCAAUAUUGUUGUAAUCAGUUCUUUCGUGACAUCGAAAUGUAUUGUAGCCAUACGACAGAUGUUUAUUUUAAGAUUGCAAAGCAAUCUUUCGCUUUUGUAUGUGUGUUUUUAUUUUCGAUUGUAUCAAUGGAAGUAUUACAGAUACUUAAACAUAUCGUAUAUAAAUUAUUUGCAGAAUUAUCAGGUAAUCGUCUUUUAAUUUUUCAUUUUCCAAAAAAACAGUUCCAAACCAUCAAUACAGAAAAAGAUAUAAUGAGUUUAAAGUCCUUUUUAAAGCAAAAUAUACAGCCUUUGAAGCCAAGACAAACCUUAACCGUAUUUCCCAUUUACGGAAAAACUUCAAACGCAGCGACAAUGAGACAACAGCUAGAUAGCUCUUUAAUACCAGAAAGAAGUACGGACAAUAAAGGAUCAGUAAACGCAGCGACAAUGAGACAACAUCUUGAUAGUUCUUUAAUACCAGAAAGAAGUAUGGACAAUGGAGGCACAGUAAACGCAACGACAAGAGGACAACAAGAAGGUUAUACUUUGAUGCCAGAAAAAAAAAUGGAAAGCGAGCUUUUGCGACUGUCGACUUUAUGCAAUUUCCCUGUGUUCGGAAUAAGUCUUAUACGCUUAGCGGAAUAUGGGUUUUAUUCGGAAGGAAAUAACGAUGAACUGGUUUGUUAUUCUUGUGGCAAUCGGGUUAAAGGAUGGACUCCUUACAGCGACCAUUCGGACGUCAAUAAUCACUAUUCGAACUGCCAACAUGUCAGAAAAAAGAAAUUUGCGGUACCACUUGAAGCUUCAGGUUGUUCACAAGAUUUUACACAAAUGGGGAAACCAGAUGGGAAUACAGAACAGCUCUGCGACGAGUAUAUCUCUUCAGAUGUGUCGAUCAUGUGUACGGAUGAUGGAAAUGACGCAAUUCCUCCGAACUUGAUUGUGUCUAGUAAAAACGAAGGACAACAAAAUAAUCAGUCAAGAACCAUAGGACAAGCUAUGUCAACAGAAACAUCUUCGGAGGCGAAUGGAAAUGAAGUAUAUCCAUACAUUUCUGAAAAGUAUGGUUUAUCUCGAGGAAUAGGUUAUUCUGACAAUGCUGUAAGAAGAGAAUUUGGCGUAUCAAUCAAUCAAAACAGUGAAUCACAAGGUACGGGAACUCACGAGUCAUCACUAAUGAAUGGAAGGCAAAUGUUCCCACCAACUUAUACGAGAGAAAUAUCAGUCGACGGUAAUACAAACAUUACUGAUAGUUUAAACCUUCUCUCUCUAGAAUCCGAAGAGCAAAUGCCAUAUUUCUCUGGUAUAACUCAAAAUCCACGUAAUCAUCUACCUUCUUUAAGCCACCAACCGAUGACAAAACAAAACGAAUCACUAGGAAGUAACCCAGAACAAUUAACUUUUAAAUACGACGGAAGACUGAUGAAAAUGAAAUAUCCAAAUUACGAGCUACUGCAAAAAAGGAGAGAUUCUUUUUUUGACUGGCCAGCAAACAGGGAUUUCCUUCAUCCUUAUGAUCUCGCUGAAUGCGGAUUUUUCUUCACCCAUUUUGAAGACUGUGUACGAUGUUUUCAGUGUGGAAUUGGUUUAAGGAACUGGGAAGACAAUGAUAAUGUGUGGGUCGAACAUGCACGAUGGUCACGAAAAUGCCAGUACCUCACUAUACGGAAAGGAAAAGAAUUCAUUGAUACCGUUGUACAAAUGUUAGGACUAAACACCGACGGAGAAAACAUGCAAAGUGAACCACUCCAACUAGAACCAACAGACAUAACACAAUCUACUCGAAAUCCACUUGAGCAUGAUGCUGCACAGUAUGUUCUAUCAGAAAAGAUAUUUGAUGAUGUGGAACUCGUUAGAGUAUGCAUAAUAUCGCUAAUAGAAACAACAGGUUGGGAUUCAAUUACGAUUGAACUUCUUGUCACCUCCAUGCUUGAGAUGAGUGCAACUGAAUUAGCUUCUCCGAACGACAAUAAAGCGACCAAUAGUCAAUCUAAUGGAUCUAAACCUUGCAUGGAUUGUCCUGUUGAAACUGGAAAUCCUACAUCACGUGGAACGGAAAUCAAAUCAUCAACUACAGAGUCAAUAGCAACAGUUGUUGAAAUUGACCAGUCAAAGAAAGCUGAGGAUGAUCCCGAAGAACUACAAAAAGAGAUAGAAAAAAUGAAAGAUCUUUAUACCUGCAAAAUAUGUUUAGACGAAAAAGUAGGUGUAACAUUCCUCCCGUGUGGUCAUUUGGUGACAUGCUCACAGUGCUCACCCAAAUUAAGAAGGUGUCCUCUUUGUAGAACAUUCAUUCGAAGUACAAUUCAAACGAAAAUAUAACAUCUUUAUGUUUGUGUUUAAACCCAAUAUCUCUAUUACAAUAAAAGCAAUUACCACAAAUGGAAGUUUCUUAUGUGUAUGAUGAUAUGCACUGAAGUGUGCCAAGAAUGUCUCCAUGAUGCACGUCAGGGAACAAUUAUCAACAUGUGAAUUGGACAAUGAUGAUAUUUUUUAUCGCUCGCAUUUCAUUUUGCUACAGAAAUGAACUCAUCAAACAAUAAUUGAAAUUUAUUACGCUUUACAUGACACUUUUUUGUUAACUUUACAUUGCCGUCCGCUAAGAAUGACGAAAAUUAACGGUGCUUAACUUCUGUUUUAGAACGAGUCAAAAACAUACCAUUAACACAACGUUGUUAUGUAACAUUGAUGUUUGCCAAUCUAAAAUAAAUAUGAAAUUGAAUGGAAGAGCUUACCACUUGAAAUGAAUACGUCAAUAGCAUGUCUUAUGGCAGAACAAAGUUAAGAUUUUCUUAUUUCACUAAUGACAGCUAGUAAUUUUAACACAAGUAAGCUGUUAACCUAUGUACAUAUUUAUAUGAUUAUGGAAAUCAGGAUAUAACCAAUGUUUGAAAUUGUUUUCUGUCUCUAGCAAUGAUAUAUAAAAAGGUUUUUGAAAUAAAUAAAAAC